AUGUUUUCACCAGUGAUGGAGCCAGCCGAUGAGUCAUUCCGCAUGUCUGAAGACGACAGUUUUGAAUGUGGUGUGCCCUCUGCUUCACCAAUUGAUCAGAAGAAGUACAUCGUAUUUGAAGCUCCAUUGUUAGAACUGUUCGAGAAAUGCAGGACUUGCGGUGCGGCGUGCAAAGUGGGCACAGAGGUUCGAGGGACACUUCUCACCGUAAAAGCUGAGUGCCCAAGUGAGCACACUUUAUCUUGGAAAAGCCAGCCAGAGGUGAACAGGAUGGCUGCAGGAAACAUCUUGCUGUCUGGCGCAAUACUUUUCAGUGGGGCUAGUGCAACCAAGGUUCUCCGGUUACUCGAGUCAAUUAAUGUUCAGGUGAUCUCGAAGGUAGCAUACAACACCUACCAGAGAGGGUGCCUACUCCCUGCCGUGACACAGGUCUCGACUACAGAAAGAGAAUGCCUGCUCUCGUCACUUCAAGACAGGAACGUGGACCUUUUGGGUGAUGGCAGGUGUGACUCCCCUGGGCACUCUGCUAAGUACCUCACAUACAGCUUUAUGGAUGCAGCAUCACAGAAGAUCAUCAACUCUGUGCAAAUUCAGGUCGGGGAGUCAGAAGAUAUUAGAUCCAGCAGCCACAUGAAAAAGGCCGGGUUCAUAAGGUGCCUGGACGAAGUGAAGUGCAAGGGCAUCACAGUUGCAUCUAUCACUACUGAUCGCCAUCCUGCUGUCCGAAAGCACAUGCGUGAGAAUGAGCCAACCAUUGUCCAUGGAUUUGACAUCUGGCAUGUUGUAAAAGGUAACAAGAACUAG